CAACUCUCCACGCUCCCAAUUUCUCCUUGCAAGAUAUAUUGCUCUUGCUCUGAUCACGACGAUGGCCUGGCCGCAGUUCAUGUCCUCUUCUUUCCCGUCUUCGGCGAAUGCGGAUCACACGUUGAAACCAUCAAUUUACUUCCUCAAUGCAGCUACUGAACCGCCGGCCAACAACGGCUUCCGAUUGGCUGGUAUGGAGGAUCAUCUCCUUCGAAAGCUCUACGAAGGAGAGGUGACCGGUCCAUGUACGGAAGUUUCACGGGGGGCAAAGGGGUCCUCCAGGGACGGAUCGGGGUUCAGGGAAGUGACUUUGGAGGAUUACUUGACCAAAGCUAGAGUGGUGAGUGCAGAUGAUCUGAAUACGGCGGCGGCGGCGGUGGUGAGCGAGCGAAUUGGGCAAGAUGAUUUGGAGGAAACGGGUAAUGAUCAGAUGGCGGGGAUGGGAGAUGGUGCUGCGGCGGGAGGAGGAGAGAGAGGGAAGGGGAGGAAGAGAGUUGCCGUUGAUUCUGCUGAUAAAGCGGCAUUGCAGAGGCAGAAGAGGAUGAUUAAGAACAGGGAAUCGGCAGCUAGGUCGAGGGAAAGAAAGCAGCAAUACACGAAUCAACUGGAGCAGACGGUCUUCAAGUUGGAGGAAGAAAACGCCAUACUUCUCAAAGAACGGGAAAAACAUCUAAAAUGGAGGUUUAAAAAGCUUGUGGAAAAUGUAAUUCCGGUCGCUGAGAUGAAACCAGGAAGAGCUCUGCGGAGAACCAGUUCCUUCCCAUAAGUAAGGCUGUCGUAACUGCACAUGCAUUGAAAACUGAAUUGGCAAAUGCGAAGUUACUUCUUAGCCUUGGAAUAGUUUACAAGAUAUUUAACAGAAGACUUCCAGUGCUUCAAACAAAAAUUCACUCACUUAGAGAGAGAAAUUAAACUUUGUCAAGCACGCCGAUGGAGUGGAUGAAGAGUGGAGGAUUACCGUAAGCAAAUUGGCUUUGGAAAAUAAC